GAUCAUCACUGGCUUAGGCCUACUCUUCUCUGGUCAUAGCUUCUUGAUCUCACUACUUCAUCAUGGCCAAUAACGUCGAUUGUGCACAAGUUGGAUUCCAAACCAAGGAUUACCAUCAGCCACCUCCGACACCAUUGAUUGACCCUGAGGAGUUCACCAAGUGGUCUUUCUACCGGUCUGUAGUCACCGAGUUUGUUGCUAGCCUCUUGCUCCUCUACAUCAUUGUUUCAACGAUUAUUGGGUACCAGAGGAACACAGAGCACUGUGAAGGUGUCGGCCUUUUGGGAAUCGCUUGGGCUGUUGGUGGCACCGUCUUUGUCCUCGUUUACUGCACGGCCGGAAUCUCAGGGGGUCACAUAAACCCAGCAGUGACUUUUGGGAUGUUCCUGGCGAGGAAGUUGUCCCUUCCCCGAGCCAUACUGUACAUGGGGGCUCAGUGCUUGGGAGCCAUCUGUGGAUGUGCGCUCGUGAUGUCACUCCAAAAGCCGUACUAUAAUAAGUUUGGAGGAGGAGCCAACGAGGUCACUGCAGGGUACAGCAAGCGCACCGGACUCUUCGCUGAGAUAAUCGGAACGUUUGUUCUUGUAUACACUGUCUUCUCGGCCACCGAUCCCAAAAGAAAUGCCAGAGACUCCCACGUCCCUGUUUUGGCUCCACUUCCAAUUGGGUUUGCUGUGGUCGUAGUCCACUUGGCCACCAUCCCGAUCACCGGCACCAGCCUCAACCCUGCUCGGAGUUUGGGAGCUGCCGUGAUCUACAACAAUGAGCACGCCUGGGCAGACCUAUGGAUCUUCUGGGUCGGACCCAUGGUCGGAGCCGCCAUUGCCGCCUUCUACUAUCAGUUCGUCUUGAGAGGAACGGCUGUAAAAGCUCUUGAGUCCUUCGGGAGCGGCAGAUUCAUUUAAAUUUCGUAGCAUUUCCAUUUCCUAGAGAACUUUGUACACUAGGUGUCUGUUGUACCGCGUCUUUGUAUCAAGGGACUAAUUUUUCUUCUUCCUAUAUGUAUAUUAUCCCCUGUUUUCGAUGUCUGUAAUGAUAAAACUUUUGAGGUUUG